CGGCUGCGACCCCGCGGACCCUCCCCUCGGCGCGCCGCCUCCGCAGCCGGGCGCUCGAGCAGGCGGCGUGUAGGGAGGCGAGCGGGCGCCAGCCGAGGAGCCGCCGGCUUCACCCCACCCCUGGCCACUCCGCAGCUCGAGCCGCCGCCCCGGGGCGCUCCCGAGGCCCCGCAGGAGGGACCAUGAAAGUGAGGUCGGCCACUGGCGAUGGAGAUGCGUUGUGUGUUACAGAAGAGGAGCUGGCUGGUGACGAUGAGGACAUGCCGACCUUCCCAUGCACACAAGAAGGCCGGCCGGGGCUCCACUGCAGCCGCUGCCAGAAGAACCUGUCUUUGCACACAUCGGUGCGAAUUCUUUACCUCUUCCUGGCCCUGCUCCUGGUGGCCGUGGCCGUGCUGGCCUCUCUGGUUUUCAGGAAAGUGGACUCUCUCUCAGAAGACAUCUCCCUGGCCCAGGCCAUUUAUGACAAGAAACUUUUGUCUAUGCAGGAAAACCUCCAAGGACUGGAUCUGAAAGCCCCAAACAACUGUUCUUUCUGCCACGAGGCUGGGCAGCUAGAGCAAGAGAUCAGAAAACUGCAGGAGGAGCUGGAGGGAAUUCAGAAGAUGCUCCUGGCCCAGGAGGUACAGCUGGACCAGACCUCCCAGACCCACGAGCUGCUCUCCACCACUAGCAGUCAGAUCUCCCAGGAGAUGGGCAGCUGUUCCUUCUCCAUUCACCAGGUCAACCAGUCUCUGGGGCUCUUUCUUGCCCAGGUGAGAGGCUGGCAGGCCACCACGGCCGGCCUGGACCUCUCUCUGAAGGACCUCACCCAGGACUGCUAUGACGUCAAGGCUACAGUCCACCAGAUCAACUUCACUGUGGGGCAGACCUCGGAGUGGAUCCACGGGAUCCAGCGCAAGACUGAUGAGGAGACCCUGACCCUCCAGAAGAUGGUCACCGACUGGCAGAACUACACCCGGCUCUUCGGCGGCCUGCGCACCAUCUCAGCCAAGACCGGAGAAGCGGUCAAGAACAUCCAGGCCACCCUGGGGGUCUCCUCGCAGCGCAUCAGCCAGAAUGCUGAGAGCGCGCACGACUUGGUGCUGCAGGUAAUGGGCCUGCAGCUGCAGCUGGAUAACAUCUCGUCCUUCCUGGAUGACCACGAGGAGAACAUGCAUGAUCUGCAGUACCACACCCGCUAUGCCCAGAACCGCACUGUGGAGCGGUUCGAGACGCUGGAAGGACGCAUGGCUUCACAUGAGAUCGAGAUCAGCACCAUCUUCACCAACAUCAAUGCCACCGACAACCACGUGCACAGCAUGCUCAAGUACCUGGAUGACGUGCGGCUCUCCUGCACGCUGGGCUUCCACACGCACGCCGAGGAGCUCUACUACCUGAACAAGUCUGUCUCUCUCAUGCUGGGCACCACAGACCUGCUCCGGGAGCGUUUCAGCCUGCUCAGUGCGCGGCUGGACUUCAACGUCCGCAACCUCUCCAUGAUCGUGGAGGAGAUGAAGGCUGUGGACAUGCAGCAUGGAGAAAUCCUUCGAAACGUUACCAUCGUAAGAGGUGCCCCUGGCCCUCCAGGACCAAGAGGACUCAAAGGAGACAUGGGCAUGAAAGGACCCAUUGGCAGCAGAGGACCCAAAGGAGACCCUGGCAGCUUGGGCCCACCAGGACCCCAGGGUCCUCAGGGACAGCCUGGAGACAAAGGACCUGUGGGAGAAAGGGGUCCAGUUGGCCUUCGAGGUUUCCCAGGCCUCAAAGGCUCAAAGGGAAGCUUUGGAAAUGGAGGCCCAAGAGGACAGCCAGGCCCCAAGGGGGAUGUGGGGCCCCCAGGGUCAGAGGGAUCCCCAGGGUCUCCAGGACCCCCCGGGCCUCAGGGAAAACCAGGGAUUGCUGGGAAGACAGGAUCGCCGGGCCAGCGGGGGCCCAUGGGGCUUAAGGGUGAACCAGGGAUCCAGGGGCCCCCAGGACUCCCGGGGCCCCCAGGCCCACCAGGAAGCCAGAGCCUCUACUAAAAGCCCCAGUCCCAGACACUGCUAUGCAGAAUGGCAGGAAGGGCCCCAGGGCAGAGCAAGCAGCCCAGAAAGCCACACCUACAGAUAGUGGUGGUAAUUUGAUCCCAAAGGGGCUUCCCCCCACCGGCCUGCCCCUGCACCUAUGACUUCCCCAGUACUGACUGUACCAUACAAAGCAGCCCCUAACACACACGCACACGCACACACACACACACCUACACACACACACCUUUCUCUGCUGGCCAGGGGAGCCAACCAGGUUUCCCAGGCUGGGCAGGAGGAGAGGGUGGGAGGACACAUCCCCUGUCCUGUGACUGAGCCUGCCAGGGAGGUGACUACCUUGGGAAGAAGGUCUUGAACCUAUUUCUGAAUUGCUGACCGACUCAGUUUUCCAGCAUCUUCAGAACCAAUCUAGCUAGCAGUUCCCUGUGGCUCCCAGCGGUUGGAAAGACUCAGGAAAACCUUUGCAGAAUAUGUAGUACAAACUCUAGGGACAAGAGGGAUUUGGCCACCCAAACACUCUCCUCCUAAGCAUGGGAACAGAGUCCCAGGGGCUGCCCCUGCCUUACACAGACCAGAGGGUCCCCCCACCUGUGCUGCUGUCCUCAGGCUCUGGGCACCGUCCUCCCAGGAGUUGCACAAUUUUUUCAUGUCUCCAGAAAGUUCUUCCACAUCAUCCUUGCCCUCCUUCUCCCAGGAGCAUCCCAGAAGAAUGCAAGUAGGAGUCUCAUCUGCAUGGGAAGACUAUCUAGGCCCUGGGACAUUCUCCCAGAGUGGUGCCCUGCAGCUGGGACCCUGAAGAAAGGUGGGGGUGGGGGGCAGGAGCAAGUGUGAAGAGGCUGGGGUCAUUGGGCUGUGUGUGGGGCUGGCUCCCUUGCUCUGAGCCAGGCUGGCCUGCUCCAUUCCCCUCUGUGGUGGCUGACGGAGGGUCAACCCUGGCAGCUCUCCCCUCCUGCACCUGGCUCUCCUGCCCACAGCCACCCUCUGAUCUCCCCUGAACAUGACUCAGAACAGCCGAGGCCUCUCUGCUUGAGCAGCAGGACUGGACUCGAAGACAGAAGGGCCUGAAUGUCCACUGGGGACUCACUUUGACAUCACCUCUCACCCCCUUCCUGUGCACAGGCGCAGAAGGGAGCUCUGGGACAUCCCCCCAGCCUGGUCCCCAGGCUAAACUGGUUGUCAAGCUGCCCUCCUUUGGGUUUGACAGAUUCCUGCCACUCCUGGGCUGAGGGCAUGGAGCUGUCUCCUCCCCGGCCCUGACUCAGACUCCAGCUCCUUCCUUCCUUCCAAAAGCCUCACAAUGCCACCUUCCUUCUCGUCAUAGGUGUGCAACUGGCUUGCACUCCCGCCUGCCCCCACUGCCGUGUAAUCCUGUCUACCUAUGAUAUGAUGAGACAUAGUAUUACUGACUCAGUAAAGAUCUCUUUCCA